UGGAUUACAAGCUGCAAACGCAACCCAGCGCUCUCGGCCAAUGGAAAUUUGACUGCCAUGGCGGACGCGCCCACAUGCAACGGCCUUGCAGCACCUGCCAAGGAUGCUGGUAACUCAUCCUUCUCCAUGGGAAGGUUCCAAGAGGCCUAUGACUACUACUCGCAGGCCAUCCAAGCCGACCCUGCCAGCGCGCUGCUGUACUCCAACCGCUCAGGCGCUGCAGCGGGCCUGGGGCGCUAUGUGGAUGCGCUCGCGGACGCGGACAAGUGCUGCCAGCUUCGACCUGACUGGUACAAGAGUCACGUGCGCCGUGGCCACGCUAUGUUUCAGCUCAAUCGAGUCACGGAUGCGGAGGCCUGCUAUCAAGAAGCCCUGCAUCUGAAUCCGCAGGACAAGUCCGUGGAGGAAGCGUUGGAGCGCUGCCUUCAGCGCAAGCGCGGAGGCGCUGCAGCCGGCGGUGCCGGCAUGCAGCCCAACGCAAUGCAGCAGCAGCCAGCGGCCAACCCAAUGGCCAUGCAGACCAUGGGCGGCAUGCAGCCAGGCAUGCAGCCUAUGGGCGGCAUGAUGCCAGGCAUGCAGCAAAUGCCGGGCAUGAUGCCAGGCAUGCAGCAAAUGCCGGGCAUGAUGCCAGGCAUGCAGCAAAUGCCGGGCAUGAUGCCAGGAAUGAUGCCCGGCAUGCAGCCAGGAAUGAUGCCCGGCAUGCAGCCAGGAAUGAUUCCCGGCAUGCAGCCAGGAAUGAUGCCCGGCAUGCAGCCCAUGGGUGUUCAGCCCAUGGGUAUGAUGGGCAUGCAAGCCAUGCCUGGUAUGCAAAUGGGUGGAAUGCCUGGCAUGCAGCCGAUGGCGAUGCAGAACCCAGCUUUUAACCAGCCAGGUCUCCGGGAGACUGCCGGAGGGUUGCCAGGCCUGCAACCUGGCGGCCUGCCCACGGAUUUCCAGAAGCUCAGUGAGAAGGAGAUGCGGCAGCGCUUGGAAGAAAGCGUGGCGAAGCUCUCCGAUGAGCAACUGGAUGAGGAACUGCAAGCGGCAGGAAUUCGACUGCCAGCCAAUGCCACAAGAGCAGACAAGGUGAACCAGUAUUUGCAGGUGGACAUGGCAACAAGUCCAGCGCCCGUCGUGGAGAAGCGACAGCCAGUCAUGGCCCGAUUCGGCAGCGGCCAUGGUGAUACUCGCGGGGAUCGGCUCAUGGAAAAACGGAAGAAGUGGGUGGAGGAGUGGAACACCUGGGAUGAGGACCGGCUGCUGCAUCGCCUGCUGAAGCUCGGCAUCGACGCCUCAGGGAACCCCAAGAGUCGGCUCAUCGACAUCCUCCUGGAAGCUGAGACGGAGCGCUUGAACAAGCAGAGGUGCACGCCAAAGCGUUUGCAGUUCUUCGGCAUCGCCUGUGCUGUCAGCAUGGUGCUGGGCACUUUUGUCUUAGUUGCCUUUCUCUUCAUCGUCAGCAACUGAGCCCCGGACUACUUCUCCAAGUCACUCGCA